UCACUUCAGUUCACAGCGAUGAUUCUGAUAACAGCUUUAAGUCUGUGCAGCCUCUUUUGUGGGUCUCAGACUGUGGAGGUGAAGCCUGGCGAAGAUGUCACACUGCGGUGCUCCAAUAUUUCCAGUUCUGAGUGUGUAACAUUCUGGUUCCGACUGGACAACAGAGCCACGGUCGACUGCAUCUCCGUCAUGAUCAAAUCUAGCAGCAAGCCUACAUAUUAUGAUGGAUUCAAAGGUGGAAAAUUUGAAAUGAGCUCAAACAUCUCUACUAUCUUUCUCAAAAUCAAACAAGUGGAUUCAUCCGAUUCUGGACAGUAUUUCUGUGGAUUUUAUGAAAGUCCGCGCCUACUUUUCAGUGUGACACAUUUAAAUGUUGCAGGCAAUGAUCCAUUCGGCGGUGAUACGAGGAGCAACUCAGAAAACGAGUUUGGUGGAAGACGGAAGCUGAUAAGUGUGAUUCCGGGAGCUCUGACUGUUCUUCUCGUCAUUGUCAUCAUCGGCCUGGCUGUUAAAAUCAUGAAGCUUCAAACGGCGGUCGCUGAAGGACACAAACUACAACAGAUGGAGAACCUGGACUCUGACGCCACUCUGAGUUUGCACUCGGCAGCAAUGAGGCGCAGGACGCCUGCAUCAGAGAGAGAAGUGGAGACUCAUGUGAUUUAUGCUGCAAAAUAAGAAGAACUCCAGCUCUGGGUUAUAAUGGGGAUUUAUCAUAUUCAUGUGGAAUUGUAAGUUUUGUGUGUAAUUGAUUAGUGGGAGUAUAUCACAUAUGUUGUGUAAAAAAAAAGAGCUUUUGGAACAUUAAAUUCUCUUUUUUUUCCAA